UAUAAAAAUAAGGGAAGCAUGUUUUUGCAAUAUUUUUCAUAGAUAGACGAUGUAAAGCUUUUAGUUUAAUCUUUUAAUUUAAUCUUUUGUACCAAUUAGUAAUAAUAUCAAAGUACCUAUACAGAUAUUUUUUGCUAAGCUUGCAUGCUAUACUCCUAUCAAGAAGUGUAUCUAAAACCUGCAGUUGUAAUUAACAUACAUAUAUGAAUAAAAAAUAACUACUCUAAUCUGCAGACAAUUUUUUUUAUCCUAAAGAUUCCUUUCUCUACCAAAUUCUUCUCAAAAUGAACACUGACACAUAUACGUAUAAGCAUGUUUAUAUGCUCUUUUAUACACAAGUUUCGCGAUAAUGAUAUAAAUUUGUAAGUGUAUAAAACAGCAGCAAAAGAACCAAAUAAUAAAAAUAUGCCAAUAUUUCUUCUCGCAAUUCUCUUUUAAGUGACGUUUUACCAUUAUGCUCCCUACUAAAUUUGUGAUUGCUUUAAUCUUCAUAUCAGUCGUCUAGGUGCCUUUUCCCAUUAACACACGAGCUGAUAUCGCUCUAUUCUGCUCUGCCGCUUUCGACAGUUGUGGCGUUAGUUAGAGCAGAUGACCACAUCACUGGAUCGGCUUUGGUCCAUACGUUGCCACUACAACAAUAUAUUUGUGUGCCUUAUUUAUUCAUACCCAACUACGGGAACUUUUUAAAAAUCACAUCUCAUAAUAUGUAGUUAAAUGCAUAAUAAAAAGUUUAUAAAGUGGUUAUUUUGCAUAAAAAGUUUCAAUCGAAAUACAUAACGAAUAAAAUAUAAACCAAAUAAUAGUGAUAAUCAACAACUGGAGAGGCCGGAUAACUAUAUCGCGUGGAAGUUAAAUCGAAAAAUGAUAAAAAAUAUUGAAAACUUAUCAAGUCAUGCGAGUACCGAUGAAAACAAUGACGAAAAAAAGGAAGAAAAAGAAAUUUGUUGUGCGCCCCAAAGGAGAGAUUCCGUCAGCGAGGAAGUAGGAGUAGCACAAGCCAAUAAACUGAAACCCAUACUAGAGGGCAGCGAAGAGAGCAAAAUCAGCAGCUCAAAUACUACCAAAACUGAACAACUGGGAGACACCGCAGCUGCAAGCAACGUGCCGGAAACUGGUGCUGGUGAUUACAAAUCGACGGGCACAGCAACACACACUAAAGUCAAAGAGAUCUCUGCAGAGCAAGUAGUCAACCAAACUGCACAAGGGGACAACAUAACCGGGGUCCAAACAAUCCCUGCGGCUGAUAUCCUAACGCCAGCAGUUCCUGAUACACUUGAACGUCAGCUUAGUGAUCCGGAUACAGUAAUCGAAGCGGACAGUCGGGACUCUGUAGGUGCGGCCAUAGCAGAAGCCCUGUUGCCCAAGUCAGCUAGCACGGGAGAAGCUGCACUCACCCGUGAUAACUCAAUUGUAUUGGGAAAGAGUAAAUUAUCGAAAACACCAUCGUUUUCUAAAAUAUCCAGCAGCUUGCAGAGUUCGCUGGGAGCACUAAGCGGCAGUCGGCCGGAUGAGGAUACAAUCAGCAAGUCAAGCGACACUUCUGGCGAGCUAAUACGCGGCAUAUGCGACGAUUUAAGUGCUGCCGAUAAACCCAAAGGUGGCUCUCGGCUUUCGGAGCGCGCCAAAAAGAAAUCCUGGUACAACGUACUCUAUCCGAAUUAUAAAUCCCGUGCUGAGGAUUUCAAAAAGCUCUUUAAGGAAGUGCCGAGCGAAGAGCGUCUUAUUGUUGAUUAUUCGUGCGCUCUACAGCGUGACAUACUUGUUCAGGGUCGUUUGUAUGUCUCACAGAACUAUGUUUGCUUCCAUGCCAACAUCUUCCGUUGGGAAACCUAUUUAACUAUCCGCUGGAAGGAUGUUACGUCCAUAACAAAGGAAAAAACAGCUCUCGUCAUACCGAAUGCCAUUUCAAUUAGUACUGCCAAAGAGAAGUACUUCUUUGCAACAUUCACCACAAGAGACAAAGCGUUUUUGAUGCUCUUUCGAGUAUGGCAGAAUACGUUGAUGAACAAGCAAAUGCCACCGCAAGAAAUAUGGCAAUGGGUGCAUAAUUGUUAUGGCGAUGAACUUGGUUUAACCACAGAUGACGAAGAAGACUACAUUGACCCAAGCACAGUAGCCGCAGAAAACGAAGCUGACAUUGAUUACGUUUCAGCACUAGAAGACGCAAACUCUAUUGUUAGUUCAGCACAUACGAGCGAAUACAACACGGCUAAUUCCACACAAAUCGCCCAUAAUAGCGGCGGUGGCAACAGUUCCAGCACAAGUAGCGGUGGUCUCAACAGUAAAACCCGAACGAAAUCAUAUUUCUUCGGUUCGAAUAAAUCAAUUACACACACUUCGACCGCAACGUCUACAAGUGGUUCAGAUAACAAAGGUAGUGAUAAUCAAAAUAGUCGUAUACGUGAAUCGAGAAGCAUAAUGAAUGCGAAAGAAUUAACUCUGACUUCGGUUAAGCCGGACGAAGAGGCUGGCAAGUCUAGGCUGAGUAGCUCUACAGCCACUGAGAGUGGUAGUGGCGCUAGUAAGGAGACAAAGAGCUCUACACUCAAAGCGCAGCCACACGAGAAACGUAAAGUUGCAAAAAGCACACGCGUCCGUGACGAGGCGGCAUGUCAAAAUCCAACCAAUUUUCCAACUGAUGUGUCGGGCUCGAGUGACUCCGAGGAGAAUAAGGCACCCUUUGUCGCCACUGCUGAAUGCACAUCUACACACGAAGGUCGUCAAUUAGUACACACAAUACUUCCCAUUAAUGUGGAUACGCUUUUUAACUUGCUCUUCUCAAAGUCCAAAUUUUUCUUGGAAUUCCAUGCCACGCGCAAAACGGAAAAUAUGUCUUUCGGUGACUGGAUCACCGAUGAGGAGGGCAAAAAAACACGAACCUUGGGCCUGACUGUGCAAUUGUUAGCGUCCGUGGGCCCCAAGGCAGCCAAGGUGACUGAGAUGCAAGAAAUGCGAGAAUGUAGUACUCCCGGCGAACUGUAUUCCAUAGAUAUAACUAGUGUUAAUGCUGGCAUUCCAUAUGCCGAUAGCUUUAGUGUUUUAAUGCAUUACUGCCUCGUAAGAACCGUUGAUGAUCAUACGAUGUUGUCUGUUCAUGCGCAAAUUAAAUACAAAAAAUCCAUUUGGGGUGUCGUUAAAGGAUUUAUAGAGAAGAAUACAUGGGCUGGUUUGGAGGAGUAUUUCGCCGCAAUGCAGCAAGCUUUGCAAAAUGAAACCUGCAUACCACCCGCCAAAGCAAAAGGACGUCGUCCACGUCGCGGUAUUGCAGCCCAAGUACGUUCCACGGAGGAUGUUCCCGAAGCACAAAUCAAAACGGAGCCACUUGAAGCUGUCGUAACCAGCGGCAAUCGGCGGCAAUUGCCGCGUCUGGCAGUUGUGGCAGCCCAGCAGCCGGCUAUGGAAGUCGAGCCGCAGAACAAACACAAAUGGCUCUCGGUGUUUGUGAUAGCGCUACUGUUUUUCCUAAUCACUUUAAAUGUAAUGCUCCUAUUCAAACUCUGGACGUUGGAGGAGCGCAUCGAUGGAGAUCUAAGCACUAGAGCGCGUUUGCCCAACUUGGCGGCCUUAAAGGAAUUGCCAAACUCGAAUGAAGCGUGGAUUGAAUUGUUGCGUCAACAGGAGAUCUUGCAUGAGACGGAGUUGAAGAAAUGGCACAAGGUAUUGCAAACUGCCAUUGAGCUGUUGAAAAAGGUGAGCGUUGUGUGCGAAUUUAUUUACAAGAAUGAUAACCUAACACAACGGAUCGAAACCAUACAUAAUGAGCUAUAGUAGUUUUGCGAUCUCAUGAACCGUUGUUGAUCAUCAAUUAUAUUGUACGAGCAUAAAAUAUUAUUAACCAUAAGAAUGUGUGUGUCACAUUGAUGAAAGACAAUUUUUUUACAAAGGAGAAUUAGAAAAAAGAAAAACUUGAAAAACUUACGCAGCUAAUGUUUUAUAUAUGUAUUAAAUAAGGACUAACAAGCGCAAUAUAACCGUUAUGGAUACUUAGCUUUUGAAAAAUAAAUAUAAAAGAAAUAUUCAUUAAGUUUCUGUUUAACACAAAUAAUAAAAAUCCCUAUAAUAAUUGAUAUAAGUCAUGAAAAAGCACUGAUACAUGUAUGUAAUAUUAUAACUGUUAAUUAAACCAUUUAUAAAGCCUUCGUGUAUAAAACACUCUGAGUUGUUCGAUUUCAAGCGCUUCCCAGUUUAACUGAGAUGUAACUAGUAACAUGAUUAAUAUGUAUGUAAUAUGUAUGCCAAUGUUUUAUAAACUAAAUGUACUAUGCAAUCAAUAUUUCAGUAUUGAAGGUAUGAAAUUGCAAAAUUUCCUCAUUCAGCAUACCUAAACAUGCUUAGUACUAAAUCUAACUAAAACUGUAACUAAUUGCACUUGAUUACAAAUUAAGUUUUCUUUAAAUUUGCUUUUAACUACCAACACCAUACAUACACAUAUUUACUAUCUGCUACAACUGUUCUUUUGCUUUGUUUUAUUUGACCACUUUGACCAACACCAAAACUAAAAAAGAACUUACAAGAAUUAUUGGUUUUCUUUACGUAUCAUUUCAGACUGAACGGACAUUGGCCGCACUCAUAUUUCGGUAAUGCUUUUCAAACACAAAAACAAUAAUAUAACGGAUUGAAAGCAAAGAGCGAAUAUGACAACCAAAUUAUGCGUUAGCUAAGAGUUUUAAAUCAAAAAAAAAAGUGAAGAAA